AUGUCUGCCUGGGAUAGCUACCUCAACGCAAACAUUGCGACGGGUACCGUGAUUGAUAAAGCUAUUAUUGUUGACCAGACUGGCCAGGCCGUAUGGGGCAAAUCGUCCAGCAUUCAGCUCAGUGCCGACCAGAUGAAGAAGAUUGCUCUCGUUUUCAGUGACCCCAGCGACGCCCAAGGAAACGGUCUUCACUUCGAGAGCAAAAGAUAUGUCUUUAACAAGAUCGAGGAUAUUGAGAAUAUUCCCGUCAUGCACUCCAAGUCGGGCAAGGAAGGAAUCGUCGCCGCAAAGUGCAAGGCAUCCAUUUUGAUUUCGCAUUACCCCGAAAAUAGCUCUGCCGGUGAAGCCGUCAACUUCAUUCACGGGCAAGCCAAAUAUCUCAUUCAAAACAACCUCUAA